AUGAGCAUUCCGGAAGUCGAACCCCGCUUCUCGCAGCUCUUCACCGAGCUAGAGAACCGCUUCAAGACAACCACGCUGGGCACCGACAAAUGGUACAUUCUGGCCAUUUCCACAUUAGUCGCAUCCCCGGACCCAGAGCGUGCAGACCAGCUCUACCUACACCUCACCAAGCAAGCCGACUACGCGACCUCUGCAGCGCGCCAGGCCCUAAUCCGGCGGCUGCGCGAAGCACUCGUCAAGUCCGUGCCGAUUAUCGGCGUGUGCAAGCCCAUUGAGGCGAUUCUUGCGAUUAGCGAGGUCGAGCGCGACGAGGAUAAAGAUUACUCGUUCACGCGUGAGGGCUGGCAGUGCGACCAGGCUAACCAUGAGCGGGGCACUGGGUGGUUGCAGAAGCUGUAUGCGCGUAAUACGACCGGAACGCUGGAUUUGUUUGAUGCGCAUAAGGAUUUCUCGUGGUUGUCCCAGGAGAUUACUUAUGGGUUGUUCUUGUCGGAUCGUCAGGUGCUUGACGACCUGGAUACGCAGAUGGUUGUUUUUCCCGCGAUUAUGAGUCAAAAUUUGCCCAAGGAGACGCAUUGGCAUAUCCGGGGCACUAGGCGGAUUGGGGUUUCUAAGGAGGACGUUGAGGUUGUUUGGGAUUGUGUGCAGCUUGUUGCAAAGUUUUUCGAUGUUAAGCUUCAUAAGGUGCCGACUGUUCAGCAGGUUGAGUAUGAUGUUUAG